AUGGAGUCGAUGCCCGGCCAGCUUCCAGCGGGACAAGACGCCAGCGCUUCCCCCAGCUUAAAGCAGGACGCACAAAGCUUCUCCAGCCCCAGCCUCAAACCAAACCAAGUCAGCGAGACCUCCCUGUACGGGGUGCCCAUCGUGUCUUUGGUCAUAGAUGGUCAGGAAAGACUAUGCCUGGCGCAGAUAUCCAACACCCUGUUGAAAAACUACAGCUACAACGAGAUCCACAACCGCCGUGUCGCCCUGGGCAUCACCUGUGUACAGUGCACCCCUGUUCAGCUGGAGAUCCUGCGGCGCGCCGGGGCCAUGCCUAUAUCCUCCAGGCGCUGUGGCAUGAUCACCAAGCGGGAGGCCGAAAGGCUCUGCAAGUCCUUCCUGGGCGCUCACAACCCCCCAAAGCUCCCAGAAAAUUUUGCAUUUGAUGUCUCUCAUGAAUGCGCAUGGGGCAGCAGGGGCAACUUCAUACCUGCUAGAUACAACAGCUCCCGAGCCAAGUGCAUAAAGUGCAGCUUUUGCAACAUGUAUUUCUCUCCAAAUAAAUUCAUUUUCCACUCCCAUCGCACUCCUGAGUCGAAGUACACGCAGCCGGACGCAGCAAACUUCAAUUCAUGGAGACGCCAUCUGAAACUGACGGACAAAGGCUCAUCUGAUGACAUUAACCACGCCUGGGAGGAUGUAAAGGCCAUGUUCAACGGGGGGAGUAGAAAGAGGACGCUGCCCAUGAGUGGGUCGGAUAUGUCCUCUCCGAUGAAAUCACAGGCCCCAUCCAGCCUCACCCAGACCAGCUCCCCAGAGAUCCCCCACAAAACUUUGCGCUGCGAUGAAGACAGGGGGAAUAGCAACCUCGGUUUGGCGAACGGCGCACGGAGCUAUCCAGUCAUCCCAGUGCCCAGUAAGAGUUUUGGCAUGCUUCAGAAAAUCCCCCCACCCCUGUUCCCUCAUCAUCCCUACGGUUUCCCGGGGUUUGGUUUGUGUUCGAAGAAGGAUGACGGCGUGGCCGAGCCGAACAAAACCAACGUCUCUGGUGUAUUUUGGCCUGGCGCAAAGGAAACCAUCUACUCAGCUUUCCCCAUGUUUUGGCCCACAGCUGGUAGCCUCCCCAUGCCCCCCUAUCCGGGCUCGCCACCCAAACCUCCCACAGAGCUGCUCGGCGUCCGGCAGGGUGAGCUCGAUUUAUCGGACCAAAGCGACCUGAGCGCAAACACACCCAAAGACAGCAGCCACCAGCAGCAGGACGGCGGAGAGCGCUGCCCUAGCUCCCAGUCCACCAUCAGGAACGACGAGGAUAAAUCCGGGGACGAGACCUCGCAGAGAAAGACCAGCUACAUCUCGGCCUUCAGACCUGUGGUUAAAGACGCAGAAACUAUCGCCAAGCUCUACGGCAACCGGGACAGCUACAGCGUGCGCCCCGGCUACCUGUCACCGGAUUUUGUCAGCGAAAGCUCCAGUUACAGGUCGAUAUCACCAGACAGGGACAGCGUGGUGGAAGACGAUGACCCCGACGUGGACGUGGAGACGAACAGGGGACAAGAUGAGGAGGACACGAUCCGGAUUUCGGCAGGAGCAGAGCGUCGCGGCUCCUCUGUGCCAGACCAGGUCACUUCCGGUGCCGAGGAGAGCCAAGAGCAGCCUGCCUGCAGUCCCAGGACAGCAUCAGCAUCACCAGAGGACACACAUACCGGGUCAUCAGAUGAGGACAGACAGAUGCGCAAUGGUUCACCGCUUUAUGAAAUGUACGCCCAUGAAAAGGACGGCCACGCGCUCAUGAACGAGCCGUCGUCGUUUGGGUCGAAACAGUCGAGCAGCCCACGCCGAUCCACCGGUGCGCAUCACGUCUCUGAACAACAGAGUCAACGCAACCCCACGUCCUAUCAGGAUCAAAAGGACAGACAAGCCGACGGAGCUUUACGCAUUGAUAUCAGCGUCCAUGAAAAGGACCUGGAGAAUAUGGCUAAAGAGGAGCUGCAGAAGCAGCUUGUGGAACAAGUGGAAUUAAGGAAAAAGCUGGAGAGAGAAUUUCAACAUUUGAAAGAUAAUUUUCAGGAUCAAAUGAAGCGUGAGCUGUCCUACAGAGAGGAAAUGGUCCAGCAGCUCCAGAUUGUUAGAGACACAUUGUGCAGCGAGUUGGACCAAGAGAGAAAGGCUCGUUAUGCAAUACAGCAGAAGCUGAAAGAAGCUCAUGACGCCCUUCACCAUUUCUCCUGCAAGAUGCUGACCCCUCGCCACUGUACUGGAGCCUGUACCUUCAAACCUCCUCUACUGCCACCCUAGUGGAGGCCGCACCCUCCACCUGACCCCAGAGCAGCUCAUUUUGCGCCAGCCAAAAAACAGUUCCACCUCAAGAGUUCUCCUGUAUUCACUUACCACUUGUAACCCAAGGAUUACCAACCUGCAGAUACACCAUCGAUUUUAGUACUUAAGUGAAUAUAUGGAGACUUGAAGGAGGGGCAGCGGACCCCCGUCGAGCUGAGCUCUUGAGUUAGGAAUUCAGGAUAUACCUAAACACGUUCAUUUUGUUCAUUUUAUGUUUUAAAUCAACGGAUUGUUUAUAUGAAGCUGCAAAGCUCCGGAGAAAUGCCCAAACCAAGGAGUCUCUUUCAAUCAAAAUUGUCUGCUCUUUAUAUUCUGA